GUGUGUUUGCUCGCCGGUUAGGAGGAAGCUGCUUGGAUGGGAAGAGAGAGAGAUGGCAACGAGGUGAAUAAUCAAUCCAGUGUGAAGAAGUCGGCUCCUCCGCCAAUGCAUCCCUGCAUCAAGUGCCCACUGAGUAGCACUGUCCCUUUAAUGUCUUCAUGCCAGGGGAUGGCUUUCCUUCUUGUCAAUCCUCUCGGGUAAUGGUUAUGCAUGGGAGGACCCGAAUCGUAGGGGCUUUAAGGAUCAAGCCUUGGGGGCAACUUGGACAGAGCAGAAGAAAAAUAGGAAACUGGCAGCAAGCUGGAUCCUGUAUGGUUGAGGGGGGUGAGAUCUGCAACUUCUGGUCCAUUUCGUAGAAAGAGGCCUUUCGACCUGUAUUCUGCCCCCAGGAAACUGUUCAAACUCAUGCACCUUUUUGAAGAGACCAAAGAGGUGUUUUUUUCUCAAGUUUUUUUUUUUUUGAAGGGGAGUGGGAGGAGUUUGCUUUUUUUUCUUUUUUUUGUAAAACAAGGCCUUUAAAUCAACAACCAAUUCAUAUUUGGAUUUGAUCAUGUAUAAUGAGACAGCUGUCUAAAUUUGGGUUGUGCCUUCAUUGAGUUACUCAUUGAACUUCCAAAAAUGUUGCUGUCUGAAGAGGAGUUGUAGUCCUGUUUCCUAUGGUUACGAUAACUUUCUCACCUUUUAUAUUGAAAAAUUGAAAACAAAGUUAUUUUUUUCUCUAAACUCUGUGAGCAGUGUAAAAAGUUUAGUUAUGGAAAAAAUGCAUCAUUGUUUUCUUUAUCUGAAAUAGAAGACACAGCCUGGGUAUCAAAACUGAAUAGUGUGCAACAGUUACCUGGCACUCGGUCUCAAUACAGCUGGAUCAAACAGAGACUUGAACAGAGAGAUUGAAUCCUGUGGCAGUGGAAAGACCCAAGAAUGCCAGUCAAGAAGAAAGAUACGGACCGAGCUUUAUCAUUGCUGGAAGAAUACUGUAAAAAAUUAAGAAAACCAGAGGAACAGCUGUUGAAAAAUGCUGUUAAGAAGGUGAUGAGUAUUUUCAAGAGCAGCUUAUUCCAAGCUUUGCUGGAUAUUCAAGAGUUUUAUGAGGUGACAUUACUAAAUUCUCAGAAAAGCUGUGAGCAAAAGAUUGAAGAAGCCAAUCAAGUUGUUCAGAAGUGGGAGAAGACAUCCGUUCUUGCUCCAUGUCAUGAGAGUGCUCAGAAAUCUCCAGAGCUGAGAGGUUCCAGUGGACCAAAGGAAAAUGCUUCCUGUGUUGAGCAAAAUAAAGAAAAUCAGUGCUUUGAGAAUGAAACUGAUGAAAAGACAAGUCAAAACCAAGGCAAAUGCCCAUCCCAGAACUGCGCCGUCGAAGCCCCUGCCUGGAUGCCCGUCCACCACUGCACCAAGUAUCGCUAUCAAGAUGAGGACGCCCCACACGAUCAUUCCUUACCUCGACUAACUCAUGAAGUAAGAGGGCCAGAGCUCGUGCACGUAUCGGAAAAGAACCUGUCUCAGAUAGAAAAUGUCCAUGGAUACGUCUUGCAGUCACACAUCUCCCCUCUGAAGGCCAGUCCUGCUCCUAUAAUUGUCAACACCGAUACUUUGGACACAAUUCCUUAUGUCAAUGGGACAGAAAUUGAAUAUGAGUUUGAAGAAAUUACACUGGAGAGGGGGAAUUCUGGCCUGGGGUUCAGUAUUGCUGGAGGGACAGAUAACCCCCACAUUGGUGAUGACCCUGGCAUAUUUAUUACGAAGAUUAUUCCAGGAGGCGCUGCAGCCGAGGAUGGCAGACUCAGGGUCAAUGAUUGUAUCCUGCGGGUGAAUGAGGUCGACGUGUCCGAGGUGUCCCACAGUAAAGCAGUGGAGGCCCUCAAAGAAGCGGGCUCCAUCGUCCGGCUGUAUGUGCGCAGAAGACGGCCCAUUUUGGAGACUGUUGUAGAAAUCAAGCUCUUCAAAGGGCCUAAAGGUUUAGGCUUCAGUAUUGCAGGUGGUGUGGGAAACCAGCACAUUCCUGGAGACAAUAGUAUUUAUGUAACGAAAAUCAUCGAUGGCGGAGCUGCACAGAAAGAUGGGCGGUUACAAGUAGGAGACAGACUUCUGAUGGUAAACAACUAUAGUUUAGAAGAAGUAACACAUGAAGAGGCAGUAGCGAUCCUGAAGAAUACGUCUGAUGUAGUCUAUCUAAAAGUUGGCAAACCCACCACCAUUUACAUGACUGACCCUUACGGCCCACCUGAUAUUACUCACCCUUAUUCUCCACCAAUGGAAAACCAUCUACUUUCUGGCAACAAUGGCACUUUAGAAUACAAAACGUCCUUGCCACCCAUCUCUCCGGGAAGGUACUCGCCAAUUGCAAAGCACAUGCUUGUUGAAGAUGACUACACCAGGCCUCCGGAACCAGUUUACAGCACUGUGAACAAACUGUGUGAGAAGCCUGCUUCUCCCAGGCACUAUUCCCCUGUUGAGUGUGACAAAAGCUUCCUCCUCUCAGCUCCCUACCCCCACUACCACCUAGGCCUGCUCCCUGACUCUGAGAUGACCAGUCACUCCCAACACACCGCGACCCGUCAGCCUUCAGUGACUCUUCAACGGGCCAUCUCCCUCGAAGGGGAGCCCCGCAAGGUGGUCCUGCACAAAGGCUCGACUGGCCUGGGCUUCAACAUUGUGGGUGGGGAAGACGGAGAAGGUAUUUUUGUAUCCUUCAUUCUGGCCGGUGGACCGGCAGACCUGAGUGGGGAGCUCCAGAGAGGAGACCAGAUCUUAUCGGUGAAUGGCAUUGACCUUCGCGGGGCGUCUCAUGAGCAGGCAGCGGCUGCGCUGAAGGGGGCUGGGCAGACAGUGACGAUCAUAGCACAAUAUCAACCAGAAGAUUACGCUCGGUUUGAGGCUAAAAUCCAUGACCUGCGAGAGCAGAUGAUGAACCACAGCAUGAGUUCCGGCUCCGGCUCCCUGCGAACCAACCAGAAGCGCUCGCUCUACGUCAGAGCAAUGUUUGACUACGACAAGAGCAAGGACAGUGGGCUGCCCAGCCAAGGACUUAGUUUUAAGUAUGGGGAUAUUCUCCACGUCAUCAACGCCUCCGACGAUGAGUGGUGGCAGGCCAGGCGGGUGACGCUGGACGGGGACAGUGAGGAGAUGGGCGUCAUCCCCAGCAAACGGAGGGUGGAAAGAAAAGAACGUGCCCGGUUGAAGACGGUGAAGUUUAAUGCGAAGCCUGGAGUGAUUGAUUCCAAAGGGUCAUUCAAUGACAAGCGUAAAAAGAGCUUCAUCUUUUCACGAAAAUUCCCAUUCUACAAGAACAAGGAGCAGAGUGAGCAGGAAACCAGUGAUCCUGAACGAGGACAAGAAGACCUCAUUCUUUCUUACGAGCCUGUCACAAGGCAGGAAAUAGCCUAUACUCGGCCGGUGAUUAUCCUGGGUCCCAUGAAGGAUCGAAUCAACGACGACUUGAUAUCUGAAUUCCCUGAUAAAUUUGGCUCCUGUGUGCCUCAUACUACAAGGCCAAAGCGUGAUUAUGAGGUGGAUGGCAGAGAUUAUCAUUUUGUCAUCUCCAGAGAACAAAUGGAGAAGGAUAUCCAAGAGCACAAAUUUAUAGAAGCUGGGCAGUACAACGACAAUUUGUAUGGAACUAGUGUGCAGUCUGUGCGAUUUGUAGCAGAAAGGGGCAAGCACUGUAUACUUGAUGUAUCAGGAAAUGCCAUCAAGCGGUUACAAGUCGCCCAACUCUAUCCCAUUGCUAUUUUCAUAAAGCCCAAGUCUCUGGAACCUCUGAUGGAAAUGAAUAAGCGCCUAACAGAAGAACAAGCCAAGAAAACCUAUGAUCGAGCAAUUAAGCUGGAACAAGAAUUUGGAGAAUAUUUUACAGCUAUUGUACAAGGAGACACCUUAGAAGACAUAUAUAACCAAUGCAAGCUUGUUAUUGAAGAGCAAUCUGGGCCUUUCAUCUGGAUUCCCUCAAAGGAAAAGUUAUAAAAUUAGCUACUGCGCCUCUGACAACGACAGAAGAACAUUUAGAAGAACAAAAUAUAUAUACUAUACUACUUGGAGGCUUUUAUGUUUUUGUUGCAUUUAUGUUUUUGCAGUCAAUGUGAAUUCUUAUGAAUGUACAACACAAACUGUGCGAAGCCAUGAAGGAAACGGAGGGGCCAAAGGGUGGGACAGAGCAGACAUUGCAGUGUGCAGGAAGGCUUGGGUUUGUUCAAAGGACCAGGUGUAGGGAUGAACCUCUGACGGGCUUUCGGCCCAAGGGAUGGGAAGCCUCGUCACCCCGGCAGAUGUCCACAGCUGAGUUAGCUGCUGAGCUUCUGUGUGUUUUGCUUUAAAGGGAAGCUGCCAGCCCUCGAACCUCACCAACCUUCCCAUUGCCCACAUCUGUAAUGAGUACACUUCGAAUUUUAUAACUAUGCACAUCUUUUGAUUUCUUCACAAGUGAAGGAGAUAAAGGGGGGGGGGGAGAGAGUCCCUUUGGAGACGACAUGCUAUCAGGGAAAGAUCAUUCGUACAGUUUCUUUGACUGGCAUCUGCAAAGACGAGCAUGGCAUAAAAUUCAGAAGUGUAACCUCACUGAGAAGAGGGGAUUCACCUGGGACUAGCUUUACGAUUGUUGAUUGUCUAUUUUGCCAUUUAUAAACUGAAAGACAGCACUAAAGAUGAGAAUAAUUUAUACAAUAAAAAUAUAUUAAAUGUAUAGACACGAAUUUCUAUAGGUUAAAAAAAGUUUUGUGAACUAUUUUGUAAAGACUAAUUGAAAGACGAGGUGUAUGCAAUAUCAGAGGAUCAGAUUCGAGAAGCGAACGUUGCACUCUCCCUUCUGUUGCCAACGACCCAUUCAGAGCAUCUGAGUUCUCUCCGAGUCUGACCAAGACUUUGCCCUUAUGUACCUCCC